AUGUCGGACCCACGCGCCCGGCAGCGGCCCAGCGUAGAGGCGUCCGCCGCCGAGCGCCACGCACGCGGCUCUGCUGAAUUCGUCGUCAACCUCGGGCCGCCCGAGCCCCUCGUCUCCUACGCCUCCUCGGAGCUCCCCCUCCCGCCGCCCCAGAGCCUCGCCGGCCCGGCCGGGGCUCCGGCCGCCGCCACCGCAUCCGACGGCGGCGCGGGCGCGAGCCCCAAGGCGCGGCCCGACCUGAUGGCGUCCAUCGACGACGACCAGCAGCUGACACUGCGGUACAGCCGCAUCUCAGCCUACGUGUCGACGAACCUGCAGCCGCCAGGCGUGCUCGACAGGAUCAGGACGGCAGCCAAGGGCGGGGAGAAGGGGCCCGAGGAGCGACAGAUCCUGUUCAGCGUAACGGGGGAGAUCCUGCCUGGAGAGGUCCUCGCCCUCAUGGGCCCCAGCGGCAGCGGCAAGACCUCCCUGCUGUCGGUCAUCAGCGGCCGUGCCCCCAGGGCCGUCCGCACCUCUGGGCGCGUGACUGUCAACGGCGCCAAGUUCUCGAAGCAGGCCAAGCGCCGCGUCGGCUUCGUGCUGCAG